AAAUUUAAUCUGAUUAAAAUCCGGUAAAAGUAGUGCGUUGGUUUGUCUUGAGACCGAUAGAAUGAGAUGACAGCCAUUUGAUACCCACCAUGACCACCGUUUUGAUAACAGUGAUUUGUUAUGUGUACCUGUCCUGUCUCGUGGUUCAGAUCGACAAUCAGUUGCUGAUAGACAUUCUACAGACGCCACAAGCUCAUUCUGGAAAAGCAACUAGCCCAACAACGACUCAAAAACCAAUCCAAAGUGUGUCCUCAACCGUGCAAUCAGCAUCUAGCUCAACAAGUCAUGCAAAUACUACUUAUAAGUCUCAUCGCCUGCCUUGUACGCAAGAAGAAAUCCAACAGAGAGCAUGUCUAAAUGGAGGAACUUGUUUUGUACUUAUGAUUGACGGAAGGAGUACACAUUGUUUAUGCAGAGAACAUUAUUAUGGAUCAAACUGCUAUUAUUACUAUCCGUUAUAUCUUGAUUGGUCUACGAUUGGAAAACGGUCCAUGUGAACAUACUUGUGGGGACAGACGGAUUUCAUCGCAAUUUAUUGCUGUGAUUUGUUUAUAUUAAAGUUAUAUCUACUGUA